AUGUUCACCAAAGUUCUGUGCUUCAGUGCUGUUCUGGCAGUGGCCACAGCAGGCCUUAUUGCUGAACCUCAUUACUCCUCUGCUGCCGCAGUUUCUUCUCAAAGUAUAGUUCGUCACGAUCAACCUCAUGCUGUAGCUGCCGCUCCAGUUGCAAUCCACGCUGCUCCUGUUGCCAUUCACUCUGCUCCUGUUGCUUACCACACAGCACCAGUACACUAUUCAUCUGCCGGAGCUGUAUCUUCUCAGUCAAUCCAACGUCAUGACCAGCAACGUGCCUCUAUUGCUGUUGCACCAGUAGCCCACUACGCCGCUGCUCCAGUUGCUGUUCACUCUGCUCCUGUUGCUUACCACACAGCACCAGUACACUAUUCAUCUGCCGGAGCUGUAUCUUCUCAGUCAAUCCAACGUCAUGACCAGCAACGUGCCUCUAUUGCUGUUGCACCAGUAGCCCACUACGCCGCUGCUCCAGUUGCUGUUCACUCUGCUCCUGUUGCCUACCACGCAGCACCAGUACACUAUUCAUCUGCUGGAGCUGUAUCUUCUCAGUCCAUCCAACGUCAUGACCAACAGCGUGCUGCUAUUGCCGUGGCUCCCGUAGCUCACUACGCAGCUGCCCCAGUUGCUCAAUAUUCAGCUGCCCCUGUCGCCCACUACUCUGCCCCUAUCGCCCAUGCUGCAUAUGCUGCCCAUGAAGAAAUCAACUCUCAUCCUCAAUACGACUACUCUUACUCCGUACACGACGGACACACCGGUGACAACAAGUCACAGCACGAGAGCCGCGACGGUGACGCAGUGCACGGCGAGUACUCCUUGGUAGAGGCUGACGGAUCUGUACGUACCGUUCAAUACAGCGCUGAUGAUCACUCUGGCUUCAACGCCGUCGUCAGCCACUCCGCUCCAUCAGCUCACGUUGUACCAGCACAAGCUCACGUGCUUGCUCAUCAUUAA